UAUCAUCCCAAUCUUUGCAUACAAGGAGAGAGUUAUUGAGGGAGUGAGCUACGUGUAGAGAGAGCAAGGAAGUUGCAUAGAAAGAUGGGAAACCAAACCCCAUGUGAGAAGUUGUACCUAGGGCUCAAGAAAGUUAAGCCUUACUUGGCUAUGGUCUCCCUUCAAUUUGGAUAUGCUGGAAUGUACAUCAUCACCAUGGUUUCUUUGAAGCAUGGCAUGAGUCAUUACAUACUAGCUGUGUACCGUCAUGUAGUUGCUACGAUUGUUAUCGCACCUUUUGCCUUGGUCCUCGAAAGGAAAAUAAGGCCAAAGUUGACGCUCCCAAUUUUCCUUAGGAUAAUGGCGCUUGGUUUUCUUGAGCCAGUGCUUGAUCAGAAUUUGUAUUAUCUGGGAAUGAAGUACACCUCAGCUACAUUUGCAUCUGCUACAGUAAAUGCCCUCCCUGCCAUAACCUUUAUAAUGGCACUUAUUUUCAGGUUGGAGACAGUCAACUUUAAGAAGCUACACAGCGCAGCCAAGGUGGUGGGGACGGUUAUCACGGUCACAGGAGCAAUGGUUAUGACCUUAUACAAAGGUCCAAUCAUCGAUUUUAUAAGAUCGCAAGGAGCAGCUCACCGUGGAACCACAAGCAAUGCGUCCGGUAAUCAGCAUUGGCUUACUGGAACACUAAUGCUCCUAGCCAGUUGUUGUGGCUGGGCAAGUUUCUUCAUAUUGCAAUCCUUUACUUUGAAGAAAUACCCAGCAGAGCUUUCUCUCACAGCAUUGAUUUGCAUGACGGGCAUGGUGGAAGGUGCAGCUGUGUCACUUGUUAUGGAACGUGACAUGAGUGCCUGGAAAAUAGGCUUUGACUCUAGGCUUCUAGCUGCUGCUUACUCCGGAGUGGUUUGUUCUGGAAUUGCAUAUUAUGUGCAAGGUGUGGUAAUAAGGAAAAAAGGCCCCGUCUUUGUAACUUCUUUUAGCCCUCUUUGCAUGAUCAUCACGGCAGCUCUUGGAUCCGUUGUUCUAUCGGAGCAAAUCCGCCUUGGAAGUAUAAUUGGAGCAGUUUUAAUAGUUUUUGGCCUGUACACUGUGGUGUGGGGUAAGAGCAAGGAUAGUAUAAGCUCAUCAACAAUGGAGUUGACAAAUGAGAAAGGUGGACCCCAAGAUCAGCUGCCAAUCCAAGAUAGUAGCAGGCUAUCGUCGACCAGUUUUGCAAAUAGCACGCAAGGACCUGACAAUGGAAUGUCCAAGCAAAUUCCACCAAAGAUUUACAAUCACUAGAAGGACCACUAUAGGAUUUCUCACACUCUCCCCCACCUGAUCUGUAUCCAUCUCCUCCGAAUAAAGUAGCUAGCACUCUUUACUCGAUGUAUGCUGAGAUGGGGAUAAAUCAAUCACUUUUCGAUCUUUAA